GCCGUAUUUUCGCGAAUCGUGGUGUGCCUGCGUCGCCAUUUAAUUUUAGACGUAUCUGCUCAUCGCGUGAAGUCUGUCGAAUUUCCUUGCGAUCCCCAUAGAAAGGGCCACGUCACAUCCCGAGAAAUGCCUAGAGUGAAUCAAUUGAUCUCCAUCGGCUUCAGGAAGUGGUGCUACAAUCUCAGCGGAUUUAAUCAAUACGGUUUAUGGAGGGAUGAUUUACUAAAUGAUAUGACAGAUGAGAACAUUGGGGAAGCGCUGAGGCGCCUGCCUCAGGAAAUCAAGGAUCAACGCAACUUCCGUAUAAUCAGAGCCAUGCAAUUGGACUGCUGCAAGAGGAUCUUGCCCAAGGAACAGUGGACUAAGUACGAAGAGGAUGUGAAAUACCUUACGCCGUACCUCGAGGAAGUCAUGAAGGAGAAGGAGGAGAAGGAGAAAUGGGAAGCGUCGUGAAGAGUAGCUUAGAACAAUGGUUAUAGUAAUAUAACACAAAAGAUUAUCCGUUCUUUAAUGCGAACUUUUUGCGAAGAAGAGCUGGUCUGUACAUACAUAAUACUAAUAGAUAUUAAAUAAAUAAUAAAUAAUUACAUUCACUUGA